CCCGGAAGCAGGCUGCGGUUCAAGAUGGCGGAGACUCACUGCUUGCAGGAUCUGAGGCAGAACACAGCAUUGGCGUCCAAAGUCUUCAUUCAAAGGGAUUAUUCCAGUGGGACAGUGUGCCAGUUUCAAACUAAAUUCCCUUGUGAACUGGAAUCCAGGAUUGACAGACAGCAGUUUGAAGAAACCAUCAGAGUACUAAACAACCUUUAUGCGGAGGCUGAGAAGGUGGGAGGACAGUCCUACCUGGAGGGCUGCUUGGCAUGCUUGACUGCGUACACCAUCUUCUUGUGCAUGGAGACUCAUUAUGAAAAAGUAUUGAAAAAGAUUGCUAAAUACAUCCAGGAACAGAAUGAGAAGAUAUAUGCACCGAGAGGUCUUGUCAUAGUUGAUCCAAUUGAAAGAGGUUUGAGAGUUAUCGAGAUCUCCAUCUACGAAGAUCGAAGUUUUACUAGUGGAAGAUGAACUAUGGAUUAAGUGAGUGGGACCAAGGCAAUGGACCAUUUCUCCUGGGUGUCAAUACUGCACCAAGUAUUUACCCUACUUCGUCUCUGGGCUACCAUUCCACAAACUCUUGAGGACCCUGGUUCCACCUGAAAGUUGGAUGCUUUGUGAUGUGCUUUAUCCAUGAAAUAUACCGCAACAGCAGGAGGGUGGGGGUGGGGUGGGGGAAACGAAUACUAUAGUGAUUAAACUCUUAUUCACUGAUUAUUUUUCUUUUAAGUAAAAAUUUCAAAUGAACUUCAGGAUGUGCUAAAGAGAAACAAAUGAGGUGGUGGUAUGAUGGUGAUGUAACCUCCCAGCUGUCUGAAGCCUCUGAAAUUUGUAUAGUGCUAAAUGAAGAUAUUUUUUGUUGAUGCACUUGGACGUGUGUUGUUGUUAACCCUAAGAGUACUCUCAGCUUUCAAAACCUCAGUUAAAACUAGUAAUUGGUUAUGUUGGCUUCUGAGAAGCUGCCUCCAUUUAUAUUAGCGGGAAGGUUGCUACCUGGUAUAGUGCAAUAUUAUUGAAUGAAAUUCCAGGAUAUGACUGUUCACAGCAGAUGCACUUCUAAAGUCAUGUUCUGAUACUGAGCGUUGAGAUUAAAACUGACUGGGGUUCUUGCCGCAUGUCCAGCAACAUUUCUGUCCAGUCUGUGUGUGGAAGCUUGGGAGUGAAUUGGGCAUCAUCUCCUGCCAGCAAGUACUGCUGAGCUCCUGUCAGUAACUCAAUCAUUAAGCAAGUUAAAUGCCUCAAGGACAGAGAGUAGGGGAGUGGAAAAAUGGAGGUUAUGAACAUUAUGAAGACUAACUUUCUGAAUGCACUGGGAUGCUUCUCAUGCAAUGGUGACAUUUGUUGGAAUGGCUUAAAUAAGAAACAAUGCCUUCAAUAAGAAACAAGUGUUAUAAUACUCAUGAAAACAGUGGAAACAUUCAAGAGCUAUGUCUGCCAUGAAUUUUUAGAUGGUUCUGCUCUGAGAUGGAUUGAUUUCAGGAGUGGCUUUUGUUCUUGAUGCAGACAACUCAGACUUUUAUUUUUACCUUUGAGAAGCUUUUCAAUAAAAGUUUCACUGUUCACAUGCCCAGCUCCUGCACCCUCCAAUUACUGUAGAUACAACAGCAAGAGGCCAUUGCAUUACCUCACUGGAUAGCUGAUUAGGGAAACAUUGAAAGAGAAGAAUGGUUUUACGGAGAAAUAACUGUUUUAAAGUUUUUGCACAUAUAAUUAAAGGUUGAAUGUUUCUGUAGAAAGUGGAAUCUUUUAUAAUUGUAUUUAUUCAACUGAAAAAGGAUUGUACAAUUUUUACUCUGAAACCAAUAUGGGGAAAGUGGUGCUAAACUGGUCUCUUGAUGAUACUCAUUUCUAUUUUCUGUCUCUUCUCCUUCUUCUCCACCCUACAACCCUUCCUCCCAGAUCUCAGUCCUCCAUCACACACUGCACUCCUCUUCUCCCACUCUUUCUCCCCCACUCUCUCCCCGCCCCCCCCCACCCCCCAGUCUGCCAUGUACAGACUGGAAACCAGAAUCUGCAAGCACCCAUUUAUUAUAAAAGUGAUUCUGGCAACCGUUGGCUGCAUUCUUUCAUUCAAACUGAAUCUGCACAAUGACGUUAGUGAGUUUUAAGUCUUGGAGCAUUGAGUACUCUUAGUGGUUAAUAACUUAGCAGUGCUCUGUCACCACUUAGCUUUUGACUACUUGGACCUAUUCCCCAGGGAAGUCUACUGGCUAAGUAAAGUUCGCUGAAGUAAAUUUUUGCUUAGCUAUGUUCCUUUUGUAACUUGCAAUGUAGUAGUGUAGUUUGUAACACUAAUCUGCAGAGCUUCUAAAUACUUUUGGAUGUUUGUAAACCUUUUUUGGUCUUACAGUUUUCAAAGAAGAAAGUACUACAUGUCAAACAUUUUAACUGUGUUCACAGUUGCUCAGACUGUUUUUGCCUUAUUGAAAAGUCUGAAGAAAAAAAUACAAAGCCUGACCUUGAUCCCGGGAAAAUAAUUUGAACAGAGUCUGAGACAAUUGGGUGUCAAUCAUGUCUGACACUAAAUCUGACCUUGUCUGACCUCCAGAAUGCAAAAGGAAAGGCAUUUUGAGUUGUGCAGUGGAGUAGAACGAGCAGAACAUUGACCUUUUCAGUUUCUCAAACAUAGGUUUCAAUCCAGCUCAGACUGGUGGACUGAGAGCCCCUUCACAACUGUAUGGUGGUGAGUGGGGGUGGGAUGGUGUUAAGUCAGUUCCCAGUGGACACGUACAUAACACAAAACUGCCUGUAAUAUGACUGGCACUAAUUGGGCAAUCUUACUCUGAGAGGCCAGUGACAGGGUCAGUGGAAAUCAACAGGAGAUUUUUGCAGAUCAAGUUAACUCUUGCCAUACAUGGUAUUCUACGUUAAAUUUAUACCCCAAAAUAUUGUUACAACAUCUGUAAAAAGAUUAAAGAAUUGAAACCUCAUUUUUUCCACAGUGAUAUAUCUUAAAAUGAUUAAAUCCAGGUUAUAAAUUUGGUCUUGAUUCUAGUGAAGUUUUAGCUGUGAAGUGACAGAUGACCUCACUCAACCCUGACCUACUUUGUCACUGAAGUUGGAGCAAUCAGAGAUUAAUACUCAUCAGAAGGAGUAUAAAUUAGGUUUUUGUUUGGCAAUUUAAGAUUAUUUAAUGUGCCUGUGCAGUGAUGAAAGGGAUUCUCUGGGACUGAGCUGUUGUUCAUUUGUCUUGCAGCUGACUCUGAAUGGAGAGAGUAUGGUAUAAUGUCCACUCUGGAGAAUCAGUGGGAGAUCCUCUUGCAGGUGCAUCAGACUGCUGUACCUUCCCUCUCACCUGGAUUCUCUAGUAAUCUGUUAUGUUCCCAGAAGUAAUCUUGACACCUUGCCACCUGAAAAUGAGAGAGUAAUUGUCGUAUAACAGGUUUAGCAUUUUGGGAUGGUGUGAUAUGAGAUGGCAGUUUUCAAGCUAUCAGCAUGUUUGGAAAUCUAUAUGCAUAAAGCCAAGUUUUAUUGCUAAAUCUCCUGGAAGGAUGAAAGGACAUAGUUGGGAAGUGCAAGACAUGAUAAUGUGGAUUUUUUUUUUAGUUGCACCUCAGAUACUGAAAAAUGCAAUGGUACCCAUGUUGACCUUGAAUACUAUGGAACCCACUGAAUAAAUGAUUAAGACUUCUGGUAGCGUUUAUCCCAAGGACCAGAGCUUAUUAAGGGCAUAGGUAGAUAGGAACACAGAAUAUCCAGAUGACUUGCAAUUCAUUCUGCAGUGAAGUCAGGUGCAAGAAAUGCAGUGAUACCAAGUUUUGGAAGUAGUUUCAUUCUAUCUGAUAGGUUGGCACUUGCAAGUAAUGUUGGACUGAACUAGGUGUGGGGUACUAAUCUACCUUUUCUAAUUGAGCAGUGGGUGUAAUUUGAAAGCUCCUUAACUCUUGCCAUUAUUCUGCUUCAAAAUAUGUGUCCUAAUUGGGCCGAGGAAAUUACUGUGACCUGUUUUCAGUUAUGCAGUCAAGUUGGGUGUGUAAAUUGUCUAUUUUUAUACCAAUGAACUGCCAGUCAAUGUGCCUAGAUUUUUAGAGUUGUUAUGAAAACUGGUUUUGAAGUACGGGGAUAACUUUUUGAGUCUGAUUUCAAGUGUUGAUGUGGUAGUUCGAAGACAAGACAAAGGAUCUUUUUCUCUUUUUAGCAAAAGGAUGUCUUAGUCACAAGAAAAACUAUUUGUAGAAACUAAUCAUUAAUACCACCCCAAUUAAGAAUUUAGAAUGAUUUGUGAAUAAAAACCACUGCUCAGGUCUUUUGAAAAUUAUACUGACUUGGGUAAAAUUACUACAGCAGCCUUGGACAACCUGUAAAAUUUCAUGACCUUGUUUAUAUGGUGUACCUAUCUCUUAAGAUGCUUUUGAUUCUAUUUUAUUACUGUAUGCUUGUUGCACAUCUUUUUUUAAAGACUUGUCCUUUGAUACCAGUUCACUUGUGAAUAUAUUUGUUUCUGAUUUCUAUCUUUGCUGAUUUUAAAAAUAAAAUGCUUCCACAGAAUCUGCUGGUUCCUGAA